CCGUCCCUUCUGCCGCCUCUCGGCCCGGGGUGCCUCCCAAGGGCUUCUGACGAGACCGGGGAGUGACAAAACUGGGGCAAACAACUGAAAAUGUCAUCCUAUUUGGCUCAGGAGGUUCACCUUGCUAGAAGACAUGAAGAGAUACUGUCUCAGAGAUCAGAGCUGCUACAGCAGAUGGAGACUUAUCUAGGAGACAAAAAGACUAAAAAGACAUGGCAAACUCAAGCAGCUGAUGCAGCUCAUAAAAGGAAUGCAGCACUUUUAAAUGAUAUAGAAGCAGCAGAAAAAAAGCUGCAAGAAAGAGUGUAUUUACUUCCACAUCCCGAUACUGUUAAGUUAGAAACUCUCUAUUGGGCAUCAAUUAAAGAAUCUCUUCCCAAGUGGGAACAGUUUCUUUUAGGAAGAGCAGAAGUUCCUAUUGGUUUUAAGAAAAUGAAAACUGCAAACCAGAACGUAAGCUACCCAGAAGAAGAUUCACAAAAAUAAACACUCUAGUUUCAUUUUAUGUUGUAAUUUAUGGCUUAAGCAGACAAGAUCAUCCAGAUCAGGCAACAGAAUAUCAUGCCAUUAAAUUGUAAUGUAAAUUAUUUAAAUGAAAAUUAACCAUAUUGGAUAAUUUGCUUCCAUUGUCACAUUGUAUACAAUUAUUUUUAUUCUGUAGUAGAGAAGCAAUCCUCAAAGUGGCUUUUAGGAUCAAAAGUGAGAAACACUGGUGUAUAGAAACCCACCAAGGCAAUUGCUUUUUCAGUAUGAGAGGAGUUUUAGGUUAUUUUUAAUUCUCUGCUUCUACAUAUAAGUGCGAUAAGUUAAGACAGAUUCAUGCAUUAUCUUUCUUCACUGCAGUCAUCUGUGCUGUAUGUCUCUGUGGAUGAGGGAGAAAGGAGGAAUUUACCGUUAACAGGAAAGGCAGGCUGUUUGAAUCAGAGAGAGUAGCCUUGGUUUAGCACCAGGAACCUGUGUAAAAACCUUCGUGAGAGCAGUUGUAAAAGGAACACCUUGAAUUUCCGCAUCUUGCUUUCCCUGAUUUUUGUCAUUGCCACUGUCAUUGCUUCUACACCUUGCUCCAGUAACCACUGCUGCUUUCUCCAACCUCCUGCUGCCUACUUUGUAUUUCCUGUCUAAUGGGUGGGUAAAGACAGGAAAAAGUAAACAAACCUCUAGGGAUUUUUGCUACUUCUAGGCUGCUCUUAAUGCUAUUUUCUUUAUGUUGACAUAAUCUACAAGUGAGAACUUAUGUUUAGGCAUGAAAAGUUUGAAAGAAGCAAACCGAAAGGUAGCUGGCAGUGGCUGUCCAAGAACCAAGCAUAUAUAGAAGUUGUGGAGGUAAUAUUUUCAUUUUCAGCCAUUGAACAGCUCCUCAGCUUCCUCCUACAGAGGUGCAGUAUCAGUGACCUUUGGUUGUACAGUGGGCUAGCUCGGUAUGAAAAUUUCACUGCUCUAGUGCAGUGCUUUUUAAAGUAUCGGUUAAGGGGAAGAGCCUUCCAAGGAGUGUGACCUGGCCUGCAGAAAUUUAAUCCUUCCUCAGCAAAGAAAGCCUAGAAAAAAAAAAAUUUUUAAAAUUAAGAACCUGGACUUGAGUCAAUAUAUUGUUAAAAUUUAAUCUCAUAUGCAACAACAUACUGAAAAUUUCCUGACCUGAAAGUAGGAGAAGAAAAUUUUACCUCUGCCAGUGUUUGAGGAUAUGAAAAUGUAAUGAUUACAAAUUUUGCUAGGCUACUAGUGAACUGAUCGAUGCAUCUCCAUGCUACAUAGAUGUAUUUUUUUUUUAUAGUAGGGAUGUUUUAAUGACUUUUAUUGAAACUGAGGUACUUCUUAGCAACAUUUCUCAUAAAUGUCCUGACUGCUUUGGAUCUGGGCACUAAAAAGCCUGUGUUCAUUUAGUUAAUUAAACAUAGUUAAGUUAUUCACUGAUUAGCUGUUCAUGGGGAGUUUAUGGUCCAGUCAGAACUAAAGAAUUAACUUCUAGCUGAGAACUAUAGGAAGUCUGGGUAAUCUUUAAGAACCAACAUCUGCAGAUGCUGUUCGUGAAAUUAGGCACUCAGUUUUGUCUGAAUUUAAAUUAGCUGAAGAAUCACUGACACAAUAAAAUCAAAACUUCAGCUGCGAUAUAAAAUUGUUGUAUGUUUUCAAUGGGAAUACUAAGAGUUCAUUUAAAACUUUUUCUAUUGAAGUGUCCAUUAAACUGAUAAGUUUUUACAGAAACUGCCAUCUUAGAAAUAUCCUGUUGAGUGGGUGUUGGUGUUUGUAACAAUAACGUUGUUUUCAUAAUAUGUGAUGGCAGAUUAGCACGCUUCUCUGCAGUGUUGUUAACAGUUGUAAUUAAGGAAUAAACAGUAAAGGGUGUCAGUCCGAUGACAAUUUCAUCUAUAGUGUCACAAUACAAAAUGUCACAAAAUAUUAGAACUGUUAUAUAACUACAAAAAUAUCAAAUUAGGCUUUCAUCUUACAAGCAGAGAGCUUAAAAAAAACCCUGGCAUAGAGACCAUUGCAAUUUUAUACCUACUCAGUGUUCUGUCACAAAGACAACUUGGUAAUAUUUUCUUCUGUAAGAUCACAAAGCGGUUCUCAAUCUGAUUUAGCAGGAAUGUGUAUGGUUCUUAGAGUUGUAGAGCUCAAAUUUAAAAAGCAAAUAAUUGGAACCCAUUGAGCAGACAAGAAGGGAAAAGCUAUUACAGAUGAUGCCCAAAAUGAAGGGAUGGGUGAGCAGUUAGUUGCUAACAAAGGCUAGGAUUCAUCCUGGUCUUUGCAUCCAAAGGGAAAUCACUUAAACUAAAAUCUGGGCCCCUAAGUACUUUAUAUGUGUGAAUAAUCUGGGUCUUUAUCUCUUUGGACUCCGCCUGGGACACAAUGCAGAUGCUCACUAUCUCCUUGGCCCUUUUGAUUUCCCAUGGAAGGAAAGCGAAGUGUGUGAACUGUGAGGGCAUGGCAGCUGGAUGGGUGAGGAUUUUGUAGCGUGCUGUGAAAGGCACCUGCAAGCAGUGUUAGUGUAGUUUUUGUGCUGCAGUUAACUGCUCAGAUACUGUGUUUCUGACUGUUUUGUUGUUGUUGUUACUGGGCAAAGAGAUUAAGAUGAAAAUGAACUUAUCUUCUUUUCAAAGAAGGAAAUUACUUUUUUUUCCUGCAGCAUAGCUUUAGAAGCAAUAGGACAACUAGUGCCUGGAAAACUAUAUAGGAACAUGUCCAGAAACGGAUAAAACGAAGAGAAACAUUUAAAGCAGGAAUGUGUAUAGGUGACUGCUCUCAGAGACAAGGGCCUUCAUGUUGGCCUGUGGUCUGAUAUAAAUAAAUGCAGUUGCAUAUGGCUGUGAAACAGCACAGCAGUAGGGGCAGGGAGGCACGCAGCAGGGCCAUUAAGGUACAGGAGCGAGCGUUUCCUGAUUUGGCACAGACCUCGGGGCAAGCAGUGGCAGGGAACAUAAUUAUAUGGUAUCUCCUGCUAGAUUUGUUGAGUGCACAGUUUAAUUUACUGUGGCUGAGCUAGCUUGCCACUUGCCUUUCUAUAGAUACAAAUUUGGGAAAGCAAAUGUUAGUUAAAUGUGUUUAAAAAAAAAAAAAUUAAAAAAUCCCUAGAGCUGAUUGAUACCGAUACGGUUUAAUAUUGGCUUAACUGAGAUCCUGAAUGAGUAUUCUUCUAUACUCAUGAAAGUAUAGAAGAUAAAGUACUAUAUAUACUAUUCUCACCAAGUCAAGGCUGUUACUUCAACCAUAUUGAUUCUAUGCAGUUAUACCCCAUCUUAUCCCGAGCUUUUAUAUGUAUAGAAAUAUAAAAUAUAUAUAUUACGUUAUAUAUGUAUUUUGUAAUUUCCUACCUAUCUUGGGUAAAUGUUUGUUUUCCUUCAGAACAUAACCUGUUACUCUGUGUUCUUGACUUGCUGCUCGCCCUUUUGUGCUAAAAUAGAUGUAUACAUAAACUGCAGUGGUCCCAAGAGCCUGUUGCUUCUUGGGCUUUUCUGGUGGGUGGGGGAAGGCAACUGGGAGAAGAGCAGUAAGGAAAACCAAAGGUUUUGCCUGUUCGUAAGUUAAUCUUUGAGUAUCUUACAAGAAGAAAUAAUUAAUCAUCCUUUUUUAGGUUUAUGCACAGCUGAGUAACCGCAGUACUAACCCAGGAGCACAGCCUGUUCACCCAUCUUGUCACCUCUACCAUCACAUUCCCGAGCUUUUUACUUUCUCAGUUAUUCUGGCUGUGGGGGCAGUAGCAGAAGGCAUGUUAGUUUUCCCUAGGAUAAGAAAUUUCUUACUCUGCAGAAUCUUUCUCAAGCCUAUUAAUUUCAUUUGAGAGUACAUAUGAAAUAAUAAGGUGGUUUAGAAGCGUGAUAUUUGACACUUACUAUGGUAUCCUCUUGAUUGUAUUUAUUCAGGGUCAUGUUUUCAGAGCUAGAUUUUAGGCUGAGCUUACAGUUCUUCAUUCCUGUCUUUUUCAUUCACAUGGUCAGGGAUGUAGAUGCUCAGUUUGAGCCUGUUGGUACUGAAAAAUAGGAAAACCAAAUUUGAAAUGGAAUGUACUUUUAGAGGUUACAUCUGAAAGAAAACAUUAUUUACUCCAUAAUGGUAGUUUUCAUAAUAUUUUAAUAGUUGUGUUCAGAUACAACUUGACCUUAAAUAUCGCCCCAAAUGCAAGCUGUUUUUUAACAUAUUUGUAAUGCUAAGGUCUUCAUUACUGUAAUAUUGUGUUUGCUCAAGGAUUAUAAUCCACGGAUAUACUGUGUUACGGUUGAAAUAAAGCUUUGAUCCU